UCCCUCUCUCUCUCUCUCUCUCCCCCUAACUAACGUAUAAUAACGUUGUUCUUCUUCCCCCAACAAAAAUCUCCCUCAUCCCCCCGCCGGGAAAGUGACCCCUCCGCCCCACCCACGAUGGCCCACACAUCCAACACCAAUCACAAUCACAACCCGGCCGGCCACCUCGCCUCGCCGUUCGGCAAGCUCGACGGACUUGGGCCCGACGACUUCCGCGAGGCCGCGUACGAGGUCUUCUUCACGGCCUGCCGCUCUUCCCCGGGGUUCGGUGGCCGUAGCAUGAUCGCAUGCUACGGGCCGGACGAGCAAGGGGACGGGUUUGGAUCUGGCCUCGGUUCAGGGAUGAAGCCGCCCGGGGUGGGGAUGGCCGUGACAAGCCGCGUGAAACGUGCUCUUGGGCUCAAGAUGCUGAGGCGGCCCCAGCCAUCGAGACGGUUCAGCUUGUGUGGGCCCAACAAUGUUGGUGCUGGCAAGUCGUCGAGCCCCAAGGCAGGUGGAGGGGGCCACACGGUGCCCGGGGCAGGGAGGAUGAGGCGCCCGCUGACGUCGGCGGAGAUCAUGAGGCAGCAGAUGGAGGUGACGGAGCAGAGUGACAACCGGCUGAGGAAGACGCUGAUGAGGACCCUCGUCGGCCAAAUGGGCAGGCGAGCCGAGACCAUCAUCCUCCCCCUAGAGCUACUCCGCCACCUGAAACCUUCCGAGUUCAACGACACCACCGAGUACCACCAGUGGCAGCUGCGCCAGCUCAAACUCCUCGAGACGGGCCUCCUCCUCCACCCCUCCGUCCCACUCCACGCCUCCGACCCUUCCGCCGCCCGGCUCCACCAGAUCAUCCGGGCUGCUGAGGCCCGGCCAGUUGACACUGGAAAGAACUCCGAGGCCAUGCGCGCCCUCUGCAACGCUGUGGUCUCCCUGUCCUGGCGCACCCCGGAUGGCGGGCCCACAGACAUCUGCCACUGGGCCGACGGGUACCCACUCAACAUUGAACUCUACAAUGCGUUACUACGCUCGGUUUUCGACUCCAAGGACGAGACGCAGGUCCUUGACGAGGUGGACGAGCUGAUCGAGCUCAUGAAGAAGACGUGGUCCAUGCUCGGGAUCAGCCGGCCAGUGCACAACUUGUGCUUCGCGUGGGUGCUCUUUGAGCAGUAUGUUGUCACAGGGCAAGCUGAGCCCGACCUGCUUGGGGCAGCAGCUGUGAUGCUGUCCCAUGAGGUGGCAGCAGAUGCCAAGAGGGCUGAUAGAGAGGCCGUUUAUGUUAAGAUGUUGGGUUCUGUGGUGGCAGCCAUUAAGGUGUGGUUGGAAAAGAGGUUGUUGGACUAUCACGGGAAUUUCGAGAGGGGGAAUGUGGGUGUUAUGGAACACAUGCUUCCACUGGUGUUCUCGUGUGGCAAAAUAUUGAGGGAGGACGUGCCUUGCUAUGUGACAUCGCCUGAGGGUGGUAUUAUCAAUGGGGACGAUUUGAGCGAUAAUAGGAUCGAUUAUUACAUCCGCUCGUCUGCGAGGAACACGUUCGCUAAGAUGCUCGAGGAUCAAAACGUCAAAGAAAGUGAAAACAUUGAGACCCAAAGAGUGAGUGAGGUGCUGAUAAAACUCGCCCGCGAGACGGAAGAGCUGGCUUCCAAAGAAAAGGACAUCUUUAGCCCUUUGCUGAAAAAAUGGCACCCGGUGGCAGCUGGAGUUGCCGCCGUGACUCUGCACUCUUGCUAUGGGACUCUUCUCAAGCAGUAUUUGACGGGCAUGUCUUCUUCAUCGCCACUCAUGAACGAGACAAUCUUGGUGCUGCAGAGGGCAGGGAAGCUGGAGAAGGCCCUGGUGCAAAUGGUGGUGGAGGACUCGGUUGAGUGUGAGGAUGGUGGCAAAUCGGUUGUGCGUGAGAUGGUUCCGUAUGAGGUGGACACGAUUAUACUCAAGAUGCUGAAGCAGUGGAUUCAGGAGAGGUUGAAGACGGGGAAGGAGUAUCUACAGAGGGUGAAAGAGACAGAAACAUGGAAUCCCAAGUCUAAAACAGAGCCAUACGCUCAUUCGGCUGCGGAACUCGUCAAAUUUGCCAAGGAAGCUGUGCAGAAUUUCUUCGAAAUCCCAGUCAAUGUGUCUGAGAAUUUAGUUUAUGACCUCACCGAUGGUCUGGAGCACCUCUUUGGAGACUACAUCACCUUUGUUGCAUCAUGUGGAUCAAAACAGAGUUACCUCCCGACCCUCCCUCCCUUAACACGCUGCGGCCGUGACUCCAAGUUCUUAAAGCUCUGGCGGCGAGCCGCCUGCAAUUCCGGCGGCAUCCACGUCGACCCCAACCCAGACGGCCAACCCUCCACCCGCCCCUCCACCAGCCGCGGGACCCAGCGCCUGUACAUCCGACUCAACACCCUCCACUACCUCCUCUCCCAGAUCCACUCCCUCGACAAAACCCUCUCCCUCACCCCCAAAAUCACCCCGCCCAAAUCCCGCUUCGGCAACCGCCGCCAGCUCGGCAGCUCCUACUUCGAGCACAGCCGAUCCGCCCUCCGCUCCGCCUCCCACUACGUCUCGGAGGUCGCCGCCUACCGCCUAAUCUUCCUCGACUGCAACACUUUUUUCUACGCCAGCCUGUACGCAGUGUCCCCCCGCAUAACAUCCGCCCUCGGAGUAUUGAAACAGAAUCUGAAGCUGCUGUGCGCGAUCGUGACGGAUCGGGUCCAGGCGAUGGCCCUGAAGGAGGUGAUGAGGGCGGCGUUCGAGGCGUACCUGAUGGUCCUGCUGGCGGGCGGGUGCUCGAGGGUGUUCUCGAGGUCGGACCACGCGGUGGUGGAGGAGGACUUUGAGGAGAUGAAGAGAGUUUUUGCUGGAGAAGGGAUGAUCGGGGAAGAGGAGGUGCAGAGGGAAGGGGAGACGGUGGCGGGAGUGGUGGGGCUCAUGGGGCAGCCGACCGAGCAGCUGGUGGAGGAUUUCAGCAUAGCGGCGUGCGAGGCGAGCGGGAUAGGGGUGGUGGGAAUGGGGAUGGGGAGGAAGCUGCCUAUGCCGCCGACAACGGGGAGGUGGAAUAGGUCGGAUCCGAACACGAUACUCAGGGUGCUGUGUCAUAGGGAUGAUAGGGCGGCGGAUCAGUUUUUGAAGAGGACGUUCCAGCUGCCCAAGAGGAGUGGGUCCGGGUGAUGGUUGGUGACAGCCUGGCAAGGGUAAUUAAUUAGGUUUAGCCUUUAUUUUUUGCGGUUUUACGUGAUUUAGAGGUGCUUUGUUGAUUUGUGUGAAGAAGGUUGGUGGUGUAAUGUUGAAUGUGGUGAUUCAAGGAAAGAUAGGGUAAUGCGUGAUUCGACCUGGUUUUUGUCUUCUUUUAAUUAUUUUUUAGUUUUUUAUUUUCAUUACAAGAGCCAAACAGAGGAGUACAUGCAAUCCCCUAUCUUGUAUUGAAUCACCUUUUUUGUAUUCUUUUGGAGGAAAGGGUGAUAUUUUGUUGUGUCGAGUAAUGUUGGGGAAUGAGAAAAUGGAAUUCUUU